AGCACAGAUCUUGGGUACGUUCUGCCCAUCCGUCCUGCUUUAUUAACACCUUGACUUGCUUUUGGUAGCUGAAGCCAAACCAGCACUUGUGCCACUCUUUUGCGCUCCUUGCGUGAAGACAGAAGAAGUCAAAUGUCAGAGAUAACUGGAACCUAUCGCAUUGUCUCUGAGGAGGAACAGUCUCUCAGGGCCAAGCUUGAGCGGCUCACUACUAAAGACCAUGGCUCAGUCUUUGGUAAAUGUGGGAAGCUACCAGAGUACACCGUGCAGAAGGCCAAAGAUGAAUUAAAUGAGACAGAAGAGAAUAGAGAAUCGGCUGUGAAAGACCUUCUGGCACUGGUUCAGGAGAAGGCCAAGGCAGGGGAUGAGCUGUGCAAAGCAGUGGCCGAGAAAGUCAAAGACAAGGAAAAUAAUUUCUUCCUGAGGUUCAUUCGGGCCCGGAAAUUUGAUGUGAGCCGAGCCUAUGAACUCCUGAAAGGAUAUGUAAACUUCCGCCAGCAGUACCCAGAACUCUUUGAGGACCUGACACCCGAGGCGGUGCGGAGCACUAUUGAAGCCGGAUAUCCAGGAAUCUUGACCAGCAGAGAUAAGAACGGCAGAGUUAUCCUCCUUUUUAACAUUGAAAAUUGGGACUAUGAGGAGAUCACCUUUGAUGAGAUCCUCCGAGCUUACUGCAUUAUACUGGAGAACUUGCUGGAAAACGAGGAGACUCAGAUUAAUGGCUUCUGCAUUAUUGAGAAUUUCAAAGGAUUCACCAUGCAGCAAGCUUCAGGCAUAAAGCCAUCCGAGCUGAAGAAAAUGGUGGACAUGCUACAGGACUCGUUCCCAGCCAGAUUUAAGGCUGUACACUUUAUUCAUCAGCCCUGGUACUUCACUACCACAUACAAUGUUGUGAAACCGUUCCUGAAGAGCAAGCUACUGGAGAGGGUGUUUGUACAUGGAGACGGCCUGGAAGGCUUCUUCAAGGAAAUAGAUGCUGACAUCCUGCCAGCUGACUUUGGGGGGAAUCUGCCAAAAUAUGACGGGAAAAUUAUCGCUGAGAAACUUUUUGGGCCAAGAAACGAAUCAGAAGACACUGCUCUUUAAAGUGAAAUAUAUGUUUUAUUCCCAAAGUUGCUUAGUUCUAGCUCUGUUCAUGUUAAGUCAUUACUAUUCCCUCUUAGAUGUAUAUACAGUAUGUAUUUUUUGUAAGAAUGCAUCCUUCCGCACAGUCAAAGAGCACCACUAUAAUAAUACAUUAUUAUAGAC